GUUCACUCGCCCCGCCCUGCCUCCUCAAGGAUCGCGCGCAGCUAGCGCCUGCAGGAACUGCGGAACCCGGGUCCGAGCGGGCUUGAGGCUAUUUCGAUUGAAUGACCAGGAAGGGUUCAUCUCCCAAACCGUUGACUCCGGGAGGCCUUCUUGGGUCACCACUCCCACCCCAUCUCCGCCCUUUUAAGACUAAAAUUCAUAUAUGUAACGGUAGGACCCCUCCCCGCUCCACAAACCUGGGCACCUCGGAGCGGAAGCAAAUGGAUUCAAAGCGUCCAGAGCUCUCACGACGCCACCCGGGCCGGUGUUGUUCUCUGGAGAGGCGUAAAGACCCACCCGAGAGGCUAGGGGGGCCGAGGGCGAAACUGGCGUGGGCGGCGGUGCCUCGAGACCCCAAAGCCUUGGGACCCAGAGCUCCGCCCCAACGGCACUGCGGAGCUCCCUCACCGCAGCCUCUAGCUCUGCCCAUGCCAGAGACCUGGGAGGAUUCAGAAGCUGGGCCCCUUGCCUAUCCCAGAAUUCAGGCUUUCUAACCGUCCGCAGAUGUUUGCCAACCACCUGCAACGAAGUAAUUCGGAACACUUGUUGAAAGUUCACAUUCCCGGAUCUAGAUCGGAAGCGGGAGUAAAGGGACUGGGAAUCUGAAUUUUAACGAAGUAUCUUGGGGGAUGUUGCGCAUACUAAAUGCUGGGGUCCAGGAGAUAAAGAAGAAAGAGCGUAAGCGUGCCAGUUUGUGCCCCUAGCUCUCAAUGCUUAGCGAUCCUGUAAAACUGCUUCCGAGCAAAGGGACCUUCGGGAAAUUUCGGUAGGCACUGCCGACUGACAAACCCAGUGUCCCUGGGCCUUUCCAGUUUUCCUGGCAGGUUGAUACCAAGGCAACAUGUCCUCUGCUUCUAUGAAAGAGUGCCUGCAGCUUCAGCUGUUGGAGAUGGAAAUGCUGUUUUCUAUGUUUCCUAACCAAGGAGAAGUAAAACUUGAAGAUGUAAAUGCCCUGACGAAUAUAAAGAGAUAUUUGGAAGGUACAAGGGAGGCACUACCACCAAAAAUUGAAUUUGUGAUUACACUCCAGAUUGAGGAGCCCAAGGUGAAAAUCGAUUUGCAAGUAACCAUGCCUCACAGCUACCCCUAUGUAGCAUUGCAGCUGUUUGGACGGUCGUCUGAGCUUGACAGACAGCAGCAGCUACUUCUCAACAAAGGUCUCACUUCCUACAUAGGGACGUUUGAUCCAGGUGAGCUCUGUGUGUGCGCAGCAAUCCAGUGGUUACAGGACAACAGCGCCUCCUAUUUCCUGAACAGAAAGCUCGUUUUUGAACCUUGUACACAAGCAAAGCCAGUUAAGAACACAUUUCUCCGAAUGUGGAUCUACAGCCACCAUAUAUAUCAGCAGGACCUAAGGAAAAAGAUUUUGGAUGUUGGGAAAAGGUUAGAUGUGACUGGAUUUUGUAUGACAGGAAAGCCUGGUAUAAUUUGUGUGGAGGGCUUCAAAGAGCACUGUGAGGAAUUCUGGCACACAAUUAGGUACCCCAAUUGGAAACACAUUUCCUGUAAGCACACGGAAAGUAUUGAAACAGAAGGAAAUGGGGAGGACCUGCGCCUUUUCCAUUCUUUUGAAGAAUUACUCCUAGAGGCCCAUGGUGACUAUGGAUUAAGGAACGACUAUCACAUGAAUCUGGGCCAGUUCUUAGAAUUCCUAAGAAAACACAAAAGUGAACAUGUUUUCCAGAUAUUAUUUGGUAUUGAAAGCAAAAGUUCAGAUUCCUAGAAAGCUAUUGAAAGGCCUAUGCUUGUAAUUUCACCAAGUCGGUAUUUCUGUCAAUAAAACCAAAAUAAAAAGGCCAGUGGCUGUUUACCGCUCCUGUGAGAAACCUAGCUCCAAAACUUCUGCAUAGGCCUUUUAACUUUGUACCAGUGCAGUCAUGAUGUUAUCUGUGUUCUUGUGUUAACUGAAAACUGUUUAAUUGUAAUUUAAUAAAAGCAGUCAAUUUAA